CCACAAUGUCCAACAUCCAGGUGGCCGUGCGGUGUAGGGGCCGUAACGACAAAGAGGUGGCUGCGAAGUCUCCCAUCGUCAUCGACUUGCCCAACGACACGUUUUCAGUAACCGAUCCAUAUGUUUCCAUUAACCACAACUACACAACGCAAACAGUUUCGUCAUUCAAUUACAAAACCUACAAAGUUGACCAAGUCUACGGUUCUCAGGCUGACCAGAACCUCAUCUUUGAAAAAGUUGCAUUGCCUUUAUUCAACGAUUUUUUGCAAGGUUCCAACGUUACCAUACUUGCUUACGGUCAAACUGGUACAGGGAAGACGUUCACUAUGUGCGGCGGGGAACAGAAAAACAGCAACGUAGACUAUAAACAUUCAGAGACGGCUGGUAUCAUUCCGCGUGUGCUCAUUGAACUCUUCAACAAAUUAGAGCCAGAAGGAGCCGCUUCUGACUAUGUGGUGAAAUGCUCAUUUUUGGAGCUCUAUAACGAAGACUUGAAGGAUUUGUUGAACGACGACGAAAAACCAGCGAAGUUGAGAAUAUAUGAGUCCACAGUGGCUGCCAAUGGUAACAAGAAGGAAGCAGGUAAAGCAUCAAAAACAAUCUCGAUCCAAAACUUAAGGGAAGAAAGUAUUCUGUCGUGUCAAGACGGGUUCCAAAUUUUACAGAAAGGUCUCUUGAAAAGAAAAACGGCAAGCACAAAACUAAAUGACGUAUCUUCAAGAUCCCACACUUUAUUUACAAUAAACUUAUACAGAAACCAACCCGGCUCCGAUGGUACUGGUUCCCAAUUAUUCAAAGUAUCAAAAAUGAACUUGGUAGACUUAGCAGGUUCUGAGAAUAUCUAUAGGUCUGGAGCGCAAAAUCAGAGAGCCAAAGAAGCAGGAUCAAUCAACCAGAGUCUAUUGACUUUAGGGAGAGUAAUAAAUUCAUUAAGUGAACUUGCAAAUUCUUCUAAUGCAGAUAAUACCUUCCAUAUACCUUACAGAGAGUCUAAACUUACAAGACUACUUCAAGAUUCAAUUGGAGGUUGCACCAAAACAUCAUUGAUAGCUACAAUUUCUCCAGCAAAGAUCAACAUUGACGAAACCAUUUCCACUUUGGACUAUGCGUGCAAAGCUAAGAAUAUCAAGAAUUUGCCACAAUCGGGCCAUGAUUCUGAUUUGAUAAUGAAGAGAGUGCUUGUCAAAAAUUUAUCUCAGGAAAUAGCAAAGUUAAACUUCGACUUAAUAGCUACCCGGAACAAGAAUGGGAUCUGGUUAAACGAAGAUAAUUAUAACGCCAUAAUGGAAGAAAAUGAAUCCUUGAAAGCUAGUCUAAAGGAAUCCAAUCUCCAAAAUGAACUGUUGAAUUCCAAAAUCUCUCAAUUUGAAGUCUUCAAGGCAAACAAUGAGAAUAAUAUCAAAAAGCUCCGGGAGCAAAUAAACAAGCAGGUGGGAAUCAAUGAAGAGUUAUCCAACGAGUCAACACUGUUAAAGUCUUACAUAGUUUCAAAGGACGAAGAAAUUAAGCAACUAAGCGAGCAAUUGGUGAAAGCAAACGAGAAGUUCAGUUCCACUACUAACCAGUUGGUCAAGGUGAUUUACCGUAAUCUAGAUACAUCCAUCAAUUCAAUUCAAGAUAUAUUGAGUCAGUAUAAUAAUUCAGCAAACGGGGAAACCUUGUUCACGUUCAAUACUCAACUUACGGGCAACAUUGAAAACUUUAGAAAAUCACUUGAAGAAAAAAUAGCUGAGAUUAACGAUAAUCUUGCCAACUCAUUACUACAGGAUCUUCCAUAUUUUCUUGAGAAAUACAAUGAGAACUAUGAUAAGUUGAGCACAUUGAUAUCUAGUCUAAAUUCGCAGUUGAUGCAGAAUUUGUCGGAUCUCAAGGUUGCAAAUGACAAGUUGUCAGGAUAUAUUAUCGAAGAUCACUUGAAUUACAACGCACAAGAAUUAAUUUCCCAACUAAUCGAAACUAAGGUCUCAUCUCAAUUGACUAAAUUACAUGAAAAGAUGGACAAAAGCAUUGCCACAAUCUUGCGAGACUCGAAACAGAAUUACAAGAAACUUUUCGAGACUUCAAUUUCUCAAAUAUCGCAAGAGUUAAUUGAGUCUGAAAGAAAUGAAAUCUCUAAGAGAGAAAAGAACUGGUCCACCGAGACAUCCAGAGUCUUGAAUGUAAUAGACCUGCAAAUGUACGAAGCACGUCAAGAAGAAGUCGAACAAAGCAAAGCUAUCUUUGACUCUUUGAGCAUGCUGACUACUGAAAGGCUCACUGACUUAAAGAAUAAAACUACCGAGAAUUUGUCAAAGUUAACAGAACUCGUUUCCAACGAAGAGAACCCCAAGGUAAGUCUCCUCCAAAGAAAUUUGCCUUGUUUAGAGGAUAUAUCGAAGAAUAUUCAAUUGAACGACAUCAAAAUACGAGAUUCUCUAACAACGAUAGACAAGAGUUUACAGGAUAUUAAACAAUUUGAUGCAAAACAAGCAUUCAAAUUGUCACCAGUACGUGGCUCAAAGCAAAUCGAAAUUGAUGGCUUGAAAAGAUCUCCUUCGAGGAGUCCCUCUUACUCCAACCCCCCCUCUAGAACUGCCAGCAGACAAAUAUCUCCAAUAAAAACAGCUGGAACUUUGGCAAGAACUAAAAUACCUCAGCUUAAUAGAUCGCUUGAUAAUAAGGAGAAUCAGGGCCCAAGCCAGAAGAGGAGAAGAGUUUUGCAACAGGUCGAUAAUUUCCUCCAUGGAUGAAACCUUGUUUGAAGAAAUCUCCUUGUAUUAUAGAAGUAUAGACACCCACGACGCAUGUAUAAUUAAUGUACUUAUAAGAUUGU